CGUUUUGUUUUCACGAGUGAGUGAAUCAAUUACAUUAUGAAAUGGAUUAAUUAAUGUGAAUGAUAAAGGAUUAAAGACGUUUUACGGUUUACGAUAUUAAUUAAUUAUUGUGUUAGAAAACUUGUUAUUCGCAAAGAAGAUUUGAAAAUAACUGACGACGUAAUUAAUGCGGCGUGGAUCUAAAACGUAAUUGGAAUCAAUUUACAGCACCAAUACAGGCACAGAGGUUGCAACAGAAACUACUGUUACGGAAACGUCAGUACCACAGAACAGGAAAAUCCUGAAACCCCACAAGACUGGUAGUGAUAAAGCCAAGCACAAAGUAGGGUUUGACCGUAGCUGGACUCGGGAGCGUCCCUGGUUAUUACACAAAGUUGACACUGACAAUGAAGGAAAUAAAGUGGAAGUUAUGUUAUGUGAGUUGUGUAGUAAACAUAAGACUCAAGGGAGAAAUGGGAAUUCUGUUUGGAUCACGACUGGUUGUAAAAGUCUGCGCCUUGACAGAGUAACCGACUACGAGAGGUCAGAUCAGCACAAGGAUGCGGUGAAACUAGAAACUGAAGAUCAAAUGACAAUUGAGAAUUCAUUCAAUGAAAAAACUCCACUAAGUGACAAGGAAUUUGAAGCUGUCGUGUGUGCGUCAAAAGUGAUACAUUUCUUAGUGAAACAUAACAUUCCGCACACAACUGUGUAUGAGGACUUCAUUGACUUCGCUAUUAAUAAACUGAAAAGUCCGGUACUAGCCAACCUUUCCAAAGGCAAAAAUGUCACGUACAAAAGUUGUGCCACACCAGAGGAACUGCUAACAGCUAUGUCCGAUGACAUUCAAGAGACUGUGAAACAGAAUAUCAAACAAAGUCACGCGAACUCCGUCCUCACUGAUGAGGCGACUGAUGUAUCUAACAAGAAACAUCUUGCGUUUUGUGUACAGUAUGCAAACUCAGACAGUGGAAUUAAUGUAGAUUUCGUAAAAGACAUUCAGGUUGAUGACGGCAAAGCCGAAACAAUAUUUAAAGCAACUGAAACAUUAGUACAGAACGAACUUGGAAUGGACAAUUUUGUUGCGUUUGGGAGUGAUGGCUGUAAUACAAUGAUCGGUAAAAAAACUGGAGUAGCCACACGUCUUAAGGAAAUAAAACCAGAGGUUGUUACAGUCCACUGCCACAAUCACAGACUUGCUUUAGCUGCAAAGGACAGCUUUGAAUCUAUCAAACAGUUUAGGGAUACAGACGAUGUGUUAUCAGGUAUUCACAAAUACUACAAAUCCUCCAGCAACAGAACCAGAUCCCUGGAGAAACUACAAAGUGUACUUGAAGACUGUGAUCAGAAACGUAUCAAGCAAGUUGCUCACACACGCUGGUUGUCACACCAUGACGCAGUGACAUCUCUCAGAGAUACUUACGGGGCGGUGAUCAUGGACCUUGAGGACGCUGUUGAAUCGGGAAAAGAUAAAGUGCGAAUAGGAUCAGGCCCCUCAGCCAGUGGACUUGGAAAGAAAUUGAAAACCUACCAGAGUGUACAUAUCAUUCAUUUCUUGUGUGACGCUCUUAGACCCCUGACUCAGUUGGCCCUGACAUUUGAGUCUAACAAUGUUGACUUGUCAGUUAUCAAACCAAAGAUGGAUGCCACCAUUUCUGCCCUAAACAAACUUAAGAGUGUGGAUGGAGUAAGCAUGAAAAAGAGCAGCAAACUUCUACAAGGACCUUGACUCACAAUUUAUCAAUACCCCUUCGUCCCUGACUAAGACACUAACUAAAAUCGCUCCAACCACCGGCAAUGUAUGUCCAAUUAUCACAAAGUUGUGUGCAACUGCUGCUGUACUUCCAGUCAGUACAGCUGAGGUAGAACGUGUGUUCUCAAGUGUUAAGAGAAUUGUAACUGACUUACUUAACCGCCUAAAAGUUGAAAACACAAAUCAUAUUUUGCAUGUGCACAAAAUAGACAAAUACUUGAACUUUGCAAGUGCUGUUAAAAGAUGGACCAAAACCAA